CCCCCUCUCCCGCCCCCCCCCCCGGCAGCUUCCCAGGCUUCUCGCCCCAGCAGCGCCUGCAGCGCCUCCGAGGGAAGCGCCGGGAUGGCGGCGGAGGGCUGGGACUGCCCCGCCACCCGCGCCCGCCUGGAGGCCGCUUACUUCCCGCCGGGCUGCGGCGGCCAGGAGCUGGAGGACUUCUGGGCUUUCCUCCGGCGCCUGCGGGGCUUCUGCGAGCGGCGGGGCUCCGGCGCGGGGGACCGGCCGGCCUACGAUCCCAGGUGCCGCCUGAACCUGCGGCUGCCCCGGCGAGAGGCGCCCGGCGUGUCUCCGCCGCUGGCGCGCCGCUUCGGCCUGGCGCUGCUCCGCUUCCUGGACUUCGCGCAGCGGCGGAGCUUGGCCCGGCUGGCGCGGCUGCAGCGGGAGCGCGCCGCCCUGCCCAUCGCCCGCUCGCGGGAGCCGCUGCUGGCCGCGCUGGCAGGCAGCCCGGUGGUGCUGGUGGCCGGGGACACGGGCUGCGGCAAGUCCACGCAGGUGCCCCAGUUCCUGCUGGCCGCCGGCUACGCCCACGUGGCCUGCACCCAGCCGCGGCGCCUGGCCUGCGUGGCGCUGGCCCAGCGCGUGGCCCGCGAGAGCCUGGGCCGCUUCGGGGAGCAGGUGGGCUACCAGAUCCGCUUCGAAAGCGCCCGCUCGCCGGCCACGCGCGUCGUCUUCCUGACCGAAGGGCUGCUCCUGCGCCAGGCCCAGCGGGAGCCCGCGCUGCCCGCCUACCGGGUGCUGAUUGUGGACGAGGUGCACGAGCGGCACCUGCACGGCGACUUCCUGCUGGGUGUCCUGCGCCGCCUGCUGCCUUCCCGGCCCGACCUCAAGCUGGUGCUCAUGUCGGCCACCAUCAACAUCCGGCUCUUCGCCGACUAUUUUGGGGAGGCUCCUGUCAUCCAGGUCCCUGGGCGCCUCUUCCCCAUCACGGUCAUCUAUGAACCCAUCCGCCCUGAGGAAAGCAGCCGUGGGCGCAGGGAGCGACUGGGCGUGCAGCCCUUCCUACGGGUGCUUCAGGCCAUCGACCACAAGUACCCGCCAGAGGAGAGGGGAGACCUGCUCAUCUUCCUCAGCGGGGUGGCUGAGAUUGGGGCGGUGGUGGAGGCUGCACAGUCUUACGCGGCCUUCACCAAGCGCUGGGUGGUCCUUCCUCUGCACAGCACCCUCUCUGUGACCGAGCAGGACAAGGUCUUUGACCUUGCUCCCCCUGGAGUCCGGAAGUGCAUCAUUUCCACCAACAUUGCCGAGACUUCCGUGACCAUUGAUGGGGUCCGGUUUGUUGUGGAUGCAGGAAAGGUGAAAGAGCUGAGCUAUGACUCCAAGGCCAAGCUGCAUCGCCUCCAGGAGUUCUGGAUCAGCCGAGCCAGUGCUGAGCAACGCAAGGGCCGGGCAGGCCGCACUGGGCCCGGGGUCUGCUACCGCCUCUACGCUGAAUCGGACUAUGACAAUUUUGCCCCCUACCCAGUGCCAGAGAUCCAGCGGGUGGCACUGGAUGCUCUGAUUUUACAGAUGAAGAGCAUGGGCUUAGGCGACCCCCGAGAGUUCCCUUUCCUGGAGCCGCCCCCUCAGGCCAGCCUGGAGGCCGCCCUGGGCUACCUAAAGCAUCAGGGUGCCCUGGACUCAGCAGAGGCCCUAACGCCCAUUGGGACUCUCCUGGCUCAGCUGCCGGUGGAUGUGGUGAUCGGGAAGAUGCUGGUGUUGGGGACGCUCCUGGACCUCGCUGCCCCCACGCUCACCAUUGCCGCCGUCCUCAGCGUGCCCUCUCCCUUCCUGCACAGGGGCGGGGGGCACAGGGACCUGGAGUGCCUGGCAGCCCGGCGAAGCCUGGGGAGCCCACUGGGAGACCCCCUGACCCUUCUGAAUAUCUUCAACGCCUGGGUCCAGGUAGGCAGGGCGCGGGAAGGGCCACAGGUGCAGCGUGAAGAGCUCGACGUGCCAGUCCUUCUCUUCCUGUGCGGCAUCUUCCUCGAGAGCCAGAGGAGCGUCAGGUGGGAGGAUCUCCUUCCAGGCUUCUUUCCCAACCCAGGGCCCUCGUGCCGGAAUAUUUCUCUGGGUUCCCUGGAUCUUCUCUCGGCAUUUCCCCUUUGCUCUUUCGGCUUGGCAACUGGCACCCCAUUUGCGGCAGCAUCCUUCCAGCCAAGCUCCAUUCCUGCUCCAGGCCAGGGGAUGGGAAGGCCUUGCGUGGGGACAGAGCUGGGCCACGCAAGUCAGGCUUCCCUUGUCUUUGGCUGGCAGGAGAAAGCGGCCAAUUGCCGAGGAUCCCAGCGAUGGUGCCGGCGUCGGGGCCUGGAGGAGCACCGGCUCUAUGAGGCGGCCAAUCUGCGGCGCCAGUUUCAGGAAUUGCUGCAGGACCACCGACUGCUGUGCCCCCCUGCUCGGCCUUGCAGCUCCUAUGCUCGACAGAGGAGGAGGCGGGAACACCGAGAGCUGCACAGACUCAAGCGGGAGCAUCAGCAGCGGGGGGGCCGCCGAAGGAAGCUGUUGCGGCUGCAGGAAGAGGAGCAGCAAGAGGGAGGAGGAGGAGGAGGAGGAGGAGGAGGGCGCGGUUGUUCAUCUGGGGAAGAGGAGGAGGGCAGUUCCUGCCUAGACAUUCAGGAUGUGAAUUUUCAGCUGCGGCAUGAUAUGGAGGAGCUGCAGGCGGCUGCCUGUGAAGGCCACAGGCUCUCGACUGGCCAGCUGGCUCUACUGCAGCUGGUGCUGGCUCGGGGCCUUUACCCUCAGCUGGCUGCCCCCGACCCUUUCAACGAGACCCGCAAGGAUUCGGAACAGAUCUUCCACACGAGAGAGAAAGCCGGCCUUGUCCUGCACCCAACCAGUGUCUUUGCUGAUGACCCAGAACUGCUGCAUUCGGGCUCCAAGGCUGGUAAGGACCCAGAUGCCAAGGAGAGGAUGACCAGCCACCCCCAAGUCCUGUUCUUCGUCUCCUUGCUGGAGACCCACAAGCCCUACCUGGUGAACUGUCUCCGCCUGCCGGCACUGCAGGUGCUACUGCUUUUGGCCCGCUCUCUCGAUACCAAUGCUGACUGUACACGCAUUGUGGCUGACUCCUGGCUUGAGCUCCAGGUCCCCGUGGCAGAGGCGGCCGUGCGGGUACUCGGCAUUGCCCUACGCCUCCGGGCCUCUUGGGACAAAGUGUUGGACAGGUGUCUGCAAAGAUUGGCAGGCCAGGCUGAGGAAGAGAAAGAGACAGAGGCACCACCCAGCGCCUUAGAGGUGUGCCAACUCACACACGAACUGUUGAGCUUCCUGAAGACGGAGGUCCAGUACAGCCUCCGGCGAAUGACCCCGCUGGAGCAGCAGCACCUGUAUGUGGGCCCUCGGGUGGCGCCUGGGGAGGCUAAGGGGCUGCCCAGCUUCUUCCAGGGGAUGCAGCUGGUGCCCCACGAGGUGAAAGGUGGCUACAGGAUUGGCGAGUUCCUGACGUUCAAUUGUCUGGCAGGGGAGGGAGACCUGUACAGUGACUGCCUGCGCAGCUUCUGGACAUGCCCUCGAUGCGACCUCUACAUGCCCUUCACACCUCUGGAGCGUGUGGCCCAUGAAGAGGCCUGCCGGUCUCCUGACCCUCAGGACAGGGAGCUUGGCCACAAAGGGCCCAGAAGGGGUGCGGCGGAGGCUACCUCUGGCACCUCUGGCCUGCAGCAGCUCUACCACUGUGCCGUCUGCCAGGACAGCCUGCAUCUCACACCCACAGAAAUCCUGAAGCAUCAGAAGCAGCAUCGGGGGCACCUGUGAAAGGACCCUGAGCUGGUUCUCACUGUUGGAUCACUCCCUGGAACUGGCUGUGCUCGGAGGAUGAGCCCAGAAGAAGGCGAUGCUGGUUGCUCCCCAACAAAGAGCCGAGGUGGCGCAGUGGUUAGGGUGCAGCACUGCAGGCCACUUCAGCUGACUGCUAUCUGCAGUUCAGC